CGUCAGCCACUAUUUUGAGUCCAUGUAUGUGUGGCUGCGUAUGUCGCCUCCUUUCCUACACUAGUUUACUUCAUUUCCCACUCCUCACAUCCAGUGCUGGCGGCAGAAUGGCAGCUGCAGCCCCCAACCCGGAGGAUUCCGCCCGGAGCUGCGGCAGCGGCGGUGCCGGCACACCCAGCGCCCUUGCCGCGGACGGGGACGCGGAAGAGGCCGAGGACUUCACCUCCUCCUCCCACUGCUCGGAGCUGUCUCGGCGGCAGAACGAGCAGAGAAAGCAGGGCUUGUUCUGCGACGUGACGCUGGCCUUCAGCAGCGGAGCGGCUGCUGGCAGCGUCCAGACCUGUGAGUUUUCAGCCCACCGCUCCGUGCUGGCCGCGGCCACCGACUAUUUCACCCCGCUGCUCGGAGGACAGUUCUCCGAGUCCCUGUCCGGACGGGUGGAGAUGAAGGAAUGGAGCUCAGAGCUGGGACCGGACCCGGAGACGGUGGAGAGUGUCAUUCAGUACAUGUACACGGGAGAAAUACGCGUCAGCACCUGCAAUGUACAUGAAGUGCUGGAGCUGGCUGAUAGGUUCCUCCUGCUGCAGCUUAAAGACUUCUGUGGUGAGUUCCUUAAGAAGAAGCUGAGCCUGACCAACUGUGUGGCGGUGCACAGUCUAGCACACAUGUACACUCUGGACCAGCUGGCUCUGCGGGCCGCAGACAUGAUCCGCCGCAACUUCCAUAAGGUUAUCCAGGACGACGAGUUCUACACGCUGCCCUUCCACCUGGUCCGAGACUGGCUGUCUGAUGCAGAGAUCACAGUGGAUUCUGAGGAGGUGCUUUUUGAGGCGGUGGUGAAGUGGGUGCAGAAGAACACGGAGGAGCGAGGUCGCUACUUUGAGGAGCUUUUCCGUCUUCUCAGGCUGCCCCAGAUCAAGCCCACCUAUCUGACCAGGGUGGUGAAGAAUGAGCGCCUGGUGGCAGCCAACGAGGCCUGUCUGCGGUUGGUGUCAGAAGCUGUGGAGGGCCACGCCAUUCGCUUUGAGAACCUCAAGUCAGCCGACAUGGAGUUCUGGUCUUCCCACAUGGCCUCCUUUCAGCCACGCUUUGGCCAGAACAUGGAUGUUAUCAUGGUAGUGGGAGGCGUGUCAGAGGGAGGGGACUACCUGAGCGAGUGUGUGGGCUAUUUCAUUUAUGAGGACCGUUGGGUCAACCUGCCACACAUCCACAACCACCUGGAUGGCCACGCCAUCGCUGCCACAGAAUCUCAUGUCUAUGUAGCCGGCUCGAUGGAACCAGGAUUUGCUAAGACGGUGGAGCGCUACAACCCCAAUCGCAACACCUGGGAGCAAGUGAGCAACUUAACUACGCGCAAGCACUCCUUUGGCCUCACCUGCAUUAAGGAUAUCUUGUACAGCAUCGGUGGCCACGGCAACUUCAGUCCAGGUUUCAAAGAUGUGAGUGUGUACGAGCCCGAGCAGGAUAAGUGGCACAACCUUGAAUCUGCACCCAAGAUCCUCCGGGAUGUGAAGGCAGUGAGUGUGGAGGACCGCUAUGUGUACGUCACGGCACGCACACCUGUUGACACCGAUAAUGAGGAUGGACUGAAGACAGUGACCACUCGCUAUGACACAGAGAGCCGCCAGUGGCAGGAUGUUGACUCCUUGCCCCUCAUCGACAACUAUUGCAUCUUCCAGAUGGCUGUGGCGUCCACUAACUUCUACCACACAGCCUCCUGCUGCCCCAAGAGCUACACGGUUCGGGAUGAAGUUGCCAGGCAGAAGAUCAGCGUGCGCAUCUCAGAUGAGAUCCUGGAGAGUCUUCCACCAGAGGUCACCAGCAUUGAGGGUGCUGCCAUCUGCCACUUUGAUGAGGACGUCUUCAUCAUUGGAGGCUGGAAGAACAGCGACGAUGUGGACAAGCAGUACCGCAAGGAGGCCUACCGCUACUGUGCUGAGAGGAAGCGUUGGAUGCUGCUACCGCCCAUGCCACAGCCUCGCUGCCGAGCCACUGCCUGCCAUGUCCGCAUCCCGUACCGUUUCCUGUACGGUUGCCAGCGUUACCCCAUGCCCCAGAACCUGGCACGGCAGCGAGAUCGCAUGCAGCAGAUGCAGCAGCUGCACCGGCGCACCCUCACCCUGCGCCGGCAGCUCCAGUCGCAGAUAGAGUGCUGAGCAAGUCUCUGUCCAGCCACAUUGAAGGACUACAAACCCCUUUCCAAGGACACACUGCAAGCACCAUUCCAUGGCAGCCAUCAUCUUCGACCCCCACUCAUAAUAUGCUGCAGCGGGCCCUGUGUUGCUCUCAUAUUGGAUGUCAUUAAACUGAACUGUGCCAUCAGCUCUCAUGCUGUGCUGUGUUAGUGACUAGUUUGAUGAAGGCCAUGAGACGUGUGGGCAAGCCCGUACUGACCAGCUGUUGGUCUGUGUGGGAGGAUAUGGCGAAUGUAAACAUGUGAAUAAGAGUGUUAUACAGUGGCCGACGGCUGAUCACCCUUCAGCCACAUAUGUCGGCUCAGAAGAUGUGUAUCUGUUUGUAAAUACAUAGUAUAAACCUGUAUAUGUAUACAUUUAUAUGGAUAUUUUACAUCCCUCUGUUUUAUGCCUGUAGGCUAUGAUACUUGUGGUAUCUACAUUCCUACAUCAAAUCCAGCUAGCUUAAUGAAGUCACAUUCCAUAGUAACACUGUGACAAUCUCUUCAUGCACGUGUAACAUCAGUCCAGCAGUCAGAAGCUGUAGUCUCGAGGCUCAGAGGUGCUUUAUAUCAUAAUUGCUCUGAUUGAAUGGCUCUGCUUAUUACCCUAUAGCCUAACUAAACAUGAAUAGAAAGAGAAAGGCUGUUGAUAUUAAAAUAUUAGUGAUAGUUGUGCAUUUAGAUUUCAGUUUCCCUACAAAAGGUUUCAAUAUUUUAUUUCUCUCAUUUUUGUUGCUAAUGUAACACCUAACUGUCAGUAAUCUUUCUCCCGUUUUUUUUUUUGUUUUUGUUUUUUUUUUUUUUUUUGAAGUGGUGAAAUGAUGAGAGAUCUGUAAUCUCUAGACCAUGCAGAAAAGAUGUUAUGAAAUCAUUCCAGUGUGAUUACCUCAUCAACGGCUUAAAAAGAACAGGUCGAUUCUUCAUUCCUGUAUUUCUGGCUUGGACCAUUGAGGCGUCUGAUCGGUGUAACGUUCUCCUCUCCCACAUUUUGCUCCAGUUCUCAGUCAUGCAUUGAUCAUUCCUUUCUUUUGCACUUUGGCAGUCCACUGCUCAUUGCAUUCCCAUGUGUUGAAGAAAGAUGUAUGGAAAGUGUGUGUGAGUGAGUGAGUGUGUGUGUGUGUGUGUGUGUGUGUGUGUGUGUGUGCGUACAUAUUUGCAGGGGUUAAUUGACAUUUUGCAAAGAUGGCAAAAGCUUCUCUAGUAGUGCACUUUCUGACAUCGAAUCCUUUGUAAAGUCUUAAGAAGUGUUGGUUGAAGUCAGUUGCUGUUGCACUUUGACUUUGCUGACUUCAUCGGUUCCACUGCAGACAAGGUGAUUGUAUUUUGGAAAUCCAUUGUUUAAUCUAGCUUCCUGCCAAUCAGUUUUGCUUGACAAAUAUGUUAUGAUUAUCGGCGCUUUUGUUUUCCACGUUCAAUGUGUUGUAAAGUCUUAUAUGUUUGCUGUACUUCACUCCCAGUUUGGGUGCAUCUUAGAGAUCCUGCGGUGUUGUUUUGUGGUCUCCUGUCACCCUCCAAAGAUAAUCAUCAGUAGGAUGAGAAGGAACAAGACACGUAGACAAUAAAAGAUGGAAUGUCAUCGUGAAUGUGUAUGGAUGACAUUCGGAAACUCAAGCGCUAUCCAUGCGGCGCCUUUAUAGCAUUAGAGGAAGGCAGAAAUGAUAUUCAUUUCCACUUUAUGGACAACUUAAAUAGCACUGCAAAUAUUGAAUGGAAUAAGCUAUAUAUUUUGCUUUGCAUGUGAUAGUCUGACAUUGUGUCCUUAUAUUGGAUGUAAGAAAUGCUAAUGUCAUCACUUGCAAUUAAAGUCCUUUUUCUAAGACA